UUGGGUAUUUGGUAUAUGCCGCACCUCUUCUCUGUUUUGCUUUAUUUAAUUCGAUGUUUUUUUAGUUAAUUAAAUUAUAUAUUGUACUGGGAUUACAUAGGUGAAAUCUGAACUUGUAGGUGCAAGGUGCACUAAAAACUACCAACUCAAUAUUAGAUAAUGUUCAUAUAGUUUGCAAAGACUGGAAAAUUGUGUUCAGAAUGGCAGGAACUGAUAGAGUUUCUAUGAAUGAUGCUUUAUCCAACGUUGAAGUACUAGAUGAAUUACCAUUGCCUGACGAACAACCGUGUAUUGAGGCUCAACCGUGUAGCUUAGUAUAUCAAGCUAAUUUUGAUACCAAUUUUGAGGAUCGUAAUGGAUUUGUAACAGGGAUAGCAAAGUACAUUGAAGAAGCAACGGUUCAUGCCGGCCUGAAUGUUUUACUUGAUGAAGGACAAGAACAUGCAGUCAUGCUAUAUACAUGGAGAUGUUGUUCUCGAGCAAUACCACAACCAAAAUCAAAUGAGCAACCAAAUAGAGUCGAGAUUUAUGAAAAAACAGUCGAGGUUCUUUCUCCGGAAGUUAACAAACUAUUGAAUUUUAUGUAUUUUCAAAGGAAAGCUAUUGAAAGAUUUUCUCAAGAAAUAAAACGUUUAUGUCACACUGAAAAAAGAAAAGAUUUUGUAUCUGAAGCAUAUCUUCUUACCCUUGGAAAGUUCAUAAAUAUGUUUGCUGUUCUUGAUGAAUUAAAAAAUAUGAAAUCCAGUGUAAAAAAUGAUUACUCAACAUAUAGAAGAGCUGCUCAGUUUUUAAAAGUGAUGUCAGACUCUCAGACUUUACAAGAGUCUCAAAACCUAUCAAUGUUUCUAGCCACUCAGAAUAAAAUCCGUGACACUGUUAAGGAGAAUCUAGAAAAGAUCCCCGGCUAUGAGGAAUUGUUGGCUGACGUAGUUAACAUUUGUGUUCACAUGUUUGAAUCGAAAAUGUAUUUAAUUCCUAGUGAAAAGCAUAUGCUAGUCAAAGUUAUGGGGUUCGGAUUGUUUUUAAUGGACAAUGAUAUAUGCAACAUCAAUAAACUUGAUCAGAAGAAAAAACUACGUCUCGAUAAAAUCGACAGAAUAUUUAAGAACUUGGAAGUGGUGCCUCUUUUUGGUGAUAUGCAGAUAGCUCCGUUCAAUUACAUUAAACGAAGCAAACACUUUGAUGCAAGUAAAUGGCCACUGUCAAGCAGUCAGAUACCGUCGCCCCAAGCCGAUCUCAUGGUACACUUGCCCCAAAUUAGAGAAGAUCAUGUCAAAUAUAUCUCAGAACUGGCACGUUAUUCAAAUGAAGUAACCACAACUUAUAAAGAGUGUGGGAGUGACAGUGAAAAUAAGGAAACUGCUGAACUUGCUUUAAGAGGAUUGCAGUUACUCUCUGAGUGGACAAGCGUUGUUACAGAGCUAUAUUCUUGGAAACUUCUGCAUCCAACAGACCACCAUCAGAAUAAAGAUUGCCCCAAAGAAGCUGAAGAGUACGAAAGAGCUACAAGAUAUAAUUACAGCGAGGAUGAGAAGUUUGCCUUAAUUGAGGUCAUCGCUAUGAUAAAAGGGCUUCAAGUGUUGAUGGCGCGUAUGGAAACAGUCUUUACCGAUGCGAUAAGAAGAAACAUUUACGCGGAACUGCAAGAUUUCGUUCAAAUCACUUUAAGGGAGCCUCUGCGGAAAGCGAUUAAAAAUAAAAAGGACUUGAUAAGAAGUAUAAUUAUGUCUGUCAGAGAAACCUGCGCUGAUUGGCAAAAAGGUGUCGAUCCCUUGCAAGACCCAGCUUUGAAAGGUAAAAAGGACCCUGAUAGUGGUUUCACAUUGAGAGUUCCCAGAAGGAAUGUCGGGCCAUCUUCCACGCAGCUGUAUAUGAUCAGGACAAUGCUGGAAUGUUUAAUAUCGGAAAAAUCAGGCGGAAAAAAGACUCUGAGAAAAGAUAUUGACGGUGCAUAUUUAGGACAAAUCGAUCAGUUCCACAAGACCUCGUUUUUUUACAAUUAUUUGCUUAGUUUCAGCGAAUAUUUACAGAAAUGUUGCGACCUUUCGCAGCUGUGGUACCGAGAAUUCUACCUCGAAAUGACAAUGGGAAGAAAAAUCAAUAAAUGUACCGUUCGACAUCACCAUAAUGAAGAAUGUAAUGACUUGAUCACUAUGGAGAAAAGGAUCCAGUUUCCAAUAGACAUGUCCAUGCCUUGGAUCUUAACUGACCACAUUCUAAAGACAAAAGAACCUUCUAUGAUGGAGUAUGUCCUGUAUCCCUUGGAUUUAUACAAUGACAGUGCUCUGUAUGCACUGAGUAUUUUUAGAAAACAAUUUCUCUACGACGAGGUAGAAGCAGAAGUAAAUCUUUGUUUUGAUCAGUUUGUUUUUAAGCUUAGCGAGCAGAUUUUUGCUUACUAUAAACAGCUUGCUGCCAGCAUAUUUUUAGAUAAAAGAUUCAGAGUAGAGUGUUCAGCGUUAGGAGUGUAUUUGUUGCCUUAUCCCAGAGCAAGUAGAUAUGAGACAUUGCUAAAACAGAGACACGUGCAAUUAUUAGGUAGAUCCGUCGAUUUGAACAAACUUAUAACUCAGAGAAUUAACGCUGACAUGCAGAAAUCUUUGGACUUGGCCAUCAGCAAAUUUGAAGGCGGUGAUAUUACUGGCGUUAUAGAACUUGAUGGACUCUUGCAAGUAAACCGACUUUGCCACAAGUUGCUUAGUAAAUUAUUAGCGUUGGAUGAUUUUGAUUCAAUGUUAAGAGAAGCCAAUCAUAAUGUGUUGGCACCCUAUGGAAGAAUAACGCUACAUGUUUUUUGGGAGCUUAAUUAUGAUUUUUUAGCCAAUUAUGUUUAUAAUGCUGCUACUAAUAGGUUUACUAAAUACAGAGGAAUCACAUUUGCGCAACCUGUAAUUCGAGAUAAGCCACCUCAGAUGUCUUAUCACUAUCAGUAUGGUACUAAACAAUUAAAUUUAGCGUACGCCACGCAAUAUGGCCAAUACUCCGGCUUCGUUGGACCUCAACACUUUCACACUAUGUGUAAAUUAUUGGGCUACCAGGGCAUAGCCGUUGUAAUGGAGGAACUGUUGAAAGUGGUGAAAAAUUUGAUCCAAGGCAACCUCCUGCAAUUCGCUAGAGCCCUCACAGAGGUGAUGCCAAAAGUGUGCAAGCUGCCCAUCUACGACUACGGUUCUCCGGGAGUUUUAGGCUACUAUCACGCUCAGUUAAACGACAUUGUCCAGUACCCUGAUACGAAAACGGAGCUCUUUCACAAUUUCCGAGAGUUCGGCAACAUCAUUUUGUUUUGCUUGCUGAUGGAACAAGCUUUAUCCCAGGAAGAGGUAUGCGAUCUUUUACAGGCUGCCCCGUUCCAAAACAUUUUGCCCAGGCCGUUUUGUAAAGAGGGCGAGAAGUUGGAAACCAAGCAAAAAAGAUUGGAAGCGAAAUACGCCGCCUUGCAGAUCGUGACAAACAUUGAGAAAUUGGGAACGGCAAAACAAGCGAUGAUAUCGAGAGAAGGAGACUUGUUAACCAGAGAACGUCUUUGCUGUGGCUUAUCAAUUUUCGAAGUUGUUUUGAACAGGUUAAGAAGUUUUUUGGAUGAUCCUUUGUGGGUUGGACCACCUCCAGCUAAUGGAGUCAUGAAUGUUGAUGAAUGCACUGAAUUCCAUAGGCUGUGGUCGGCAUUACAAUUUGUCUAUUGUAUUCCUGUCAGCGACAACGAAUAUACGGUCGAAGAAAUGUUUGGGGAAGGUUUACAUUGGGCUGGUUGUACAAUGAUCGUAUUAUUAGGGCAACAAAGGAGAUUUGAAGCUCUAGAUUUCUCUUACCAUAUUCUGCGAGUGCAAAGAGUCGACAUGAAAGACGAGACAGUAAAGGGAAUAAGUUUGAAAAGAAUGUGCGAUAGAAUUCGGCGUUUUCAAGUUUUAAACUCCCAAAUAUUCGCGAUUUUAAAUAAGUUUUUGAAGUCGGGUGAAAACGACGAAUUGUCUGUCGAACACGUGCGCUGUUUUCCGCCUCCAGUUCAUCCCUCAUUUAAUUCGACAGGGCAACAUUACCACGCGCCAGACCAUGCUAGACCGUAAAUUUAAUACAAAACACUAGCAAAGGAAAUGACGCAUUCAGAUGUGUAGGGCGUUUUAGAUUAACACAAAAACAGUAUUAAAAGUUGCUUUAUUAGUAGGAGAGACUAAUUUAUUUAAGAACUGCUUUUGUUUUGAGAUAUUCCAGGAUAUGAACGGUUAAUAAUACGAAAUAAAAUAUUUUAUUUUAGCUAAAAGGUCCUAUAUAUUUCCAGUUUUAAUCUGCCUACAAAGGAGAGAUUGAAAAUGGAUGACUGUACAAAAUUAAUUAUAAGUUUUAAAAAACUGUAUAAAUCAAAAUUAUUUAUAUUUAUACAAAGUAGAGUUUUAAAAUAAUUAUAUGCAAUGUGUUUUAAUAAAUUAUUAUAUAUGUACAAUAUUCAUUUUUUAACUGUGGUAAUAUAGACUUGAACACUUCACAUUCAUUAGCCCCACUUAUGUUUGUUUCUCUCUGUUCUUUUACAAAUACAUUACUCUUCGUUUUUAGAUAAUAAGACCCCCAUACUAGAUAAGUAUAAUAUUUACACUUUUACAUUUUUAUAUAUUAGUAUUUGUUUUAUAUAUAUUACCUAAUGUAUCAUAAAACCAAGAAUAGAACAACAAUAUACUUAUACUGUAGAGCUUAGUAGCAUUAAAACGUAUUUUAUUUCAUUCGUAACACAAUAAUUACACACCCUGUAAAACUUU